GUCACUACAAACAAACACCUCGUGAAGUUGCGCAAGGUGUCCAGUCACUGCUGCUGUCUGUCCUGAGGUCUCGAAGUAAAAUUAAGGAGUUAAACAUUGUUAAAUCUGUCAAACUAAGGGAUGAAAUAGAAAUGGAAGUAAUGGAGAGCCCUCUAAAUCGUGCCCAUCAUUAUGGCCGAAAGGCAGAUCAGUUGUUGGCGAAAGAAAAAUAUGAGGAUGCGAUUUUAUGCCAUAGUGAAGCAGCAGAGCUGUUGAAAGAGGCCUUAUCAAUGACACAGAGUGAACAGGUACGGCUGUCUUUAGAGCUCCAGAGAGACCGACAUCUCCAACAGCAGCGACUGAUCAAGAUGAGCUGCAAACAGGCUAAACUCAAAGGAAAGCUCCUGGUCAGCCCUUCAAAACACACCUCAUCCCUGAAAACACAGUGUCCCAGUCAGACAGUCCUCCAAAGUCCUCCGCUCGGCUGGAAGGCUGCCAAAGAUGACAAGACUCGACUGGAAGAGCAGAGCACUGCCAUCGCUGACCUGUGGAAGCUCAUUGCUUUCCUGCUCAUGGAGAACAAGUGGUUGCUGGAGGAACACGAGAAACUGAAGGCAGAGAAUGCUAGUCUGAAGAGAGACCCUUAUGAGGAGCAUCAGAGCCCCCAGGCUUCUCUAGCUCAACCUUCACCGCUGGGUAUGAGGCUCCUGCAUGUGCCCUCUGACCUCCAGCAUGAGAUCCAGCUACUGUUGGACACGGCAAAUGACAGCUAGGCCUGCAUCCACCUACGCUACCUCAAACUUUUGAGCAGUGGUGAACCACCUUGCAUGAGAGCAGACACUGAAAUCAUGAACUUUAGUCAGUUUAAUGUAGUUUAGAAUGUCAUUGGGUUGAAGUUGAGCCUAUUUAUUUACUAUUUUUUAAUAGAUAAUGUUCCUUGUCUUGUUGAACAUGUAAUAAUAAUGAAUAAAUAGGAAAAACCUU